AUGAGCGCCGGCGGCGCGCGACGGGGCGCGGGACCCCCGGACGGCGGCUGGGGCUGGGUGGUGCUGGCCGCCUGCUUCGUGGUCACCGGCUUCGCCUACGGCUUCCCCAAGGCCGUCAGCGUCUUCUUCCGCGCGCUCAUGCGCGACUUUGGGGCGGGCUACAGUGACGCAGCCUGGGUGUCCUCCAUCAUGCUCGCCAUGCUCUACGGCACCGGCCCAGUGUCCAGCAUCCUCGUGGCCCGCUUCGGCUGUCGUCCAGUGAUGCUGGCUGGUGGGCUGCUGGCCUCAGCGGGCAUGGUCCUAGCGUCCUUCGCCACGCGCCUGCUGGAGCUGUACCUGACAGCAGGCGUGCUGACAGGCCUGGGCCUGGCCCUCAACUUCCAGCCGUCGCUCAUCCUGCUGGGGCUCUACUUCGAUCGGCGGCGGCCUCUGGCCAACGGGCUGGCGGCGGCCGGCAGCCCCGUGUUCCUGUCGGCGCUCUCGCCGCUCGGCCAGCAGCUGCUCGAGCGCUUCGGCUGGCGCGGCGGCUUCCUGCUGCUCGGCGGCCUCCUGCUGCACUGCUGCGCGUGCGGCGCGGUCAUGCGGCCGCCGCCGGGGCCCGGCCCUGCGCCCCGCACGGACAGCGCGGGCGACGCUCCCGGCGAGGCGGAGGCGGAGGCGCACGCGGACCGCCCGGGGCUGAGGCUGAGCGAGGCGCCCCCUGGCGGCAGGACCCGCCGACGCCUGCUGGACAUGACGGUGUGCGCCGACCGCGCAUUCGCUGUGUACGCCGUCACCAAGUUCCUGAUGGCGCUGGGGCUCUUUGUACCCGCCAUCCUGCUGGUGAACUACGCCAAGGACGCGGGUGUGCCUGACGCGGACGCCGCUUUCCUGCUCUCCAUCGUGGGCUUCGUAGACAUCGUGGCGCGGCCCGCGUGCGGCGCUCUCGCCGGCCUGGCGCGUCUGCGACCGCACGUCGCCUACCUCUUCAGCCUGGCCCUGCUGGCCAACGGGCUCACGGACCUGAGCAGCGCGCGCGCGCGCUCCUACGGCGCCCUUGUUGCCUUCUGCGUCGCCUUCGGCCUCUCCUACGGCAUGGUGGGCGCUCUGCAGUUCGAGGUGCUCAUGGCGGCCGUGGGCGCUCACCGCUUCCCCAGUGCGCUGGGCCUGGUGCUGCUCAUUGAGGCCGUGGCCGUGCUCAUCGGACCGCCUUCUGCCGGCCACCUGGUGGACUUGCUGAAAAACUAUGAGGUCAUCUUCUACCUGGCUGGCUCCGAGGUGGUCCUGGCCGGGGUCUUCAUGGCUGCAGCCACCAACUACUGCCCACGGCGCGCUCGGGACUCCCCGCCCAGCCCAGGCAGUGGGGGCGGGGCCAGCGACGAUGAGGACGCUGAGGCCGAAGGGGACUCUGAGCCCCUGCCCACCGAGGAGCCCAGGGGCAUGGAGCCCCUGGAGGUGCGGAGCCCAGUAGCUGGGCCCGCGGAACCCAGCGUGGAGGCAGAGCCAGAGCCAGGGCCGGCCCCCGAGCCUGUGUAGCCCACGGCAUAGGUGGGGUGGCCUGUGACUUCAGAGGCCGGGCUUCUCCGCUCAGGCCCCUGCUGCUCCAAGAGGGCCUGGCACACUGGAGG